ACAGCGUUUCAUCACAUUUGUAGCGUAAGCGUCUUCAGGGAAGCUUCAGGACGAGCCGGCGUCACGGACCCGCUUUCCUCGAUGGCUGAACCGGAUUCUAGAAGCGAAGUGCCUCCGCAAUAUGAAGAGAAUCUGAUUGUUCGGCGAUCACGUCCGGUUUAACCAAACACCUCACUGGUACCAGUUAAACUUGCUGGUUUUGGGAAGACAUUUAUUUAGUUCAUUAUACAAUGGAAAGUAGUAGUACACCACGCGUCGGCUCUUUAUUUCAAACUUUAAGGUUUUAUUUCGCGGUGAUCUGCUUGUGCGUUUUAUCAGCUUAUUCUUAUGCAUGUCCGUAUUCGUGUGUGUGUCAGAACAAAUCUGUCACCUGUGUGAACUUUACAGAGAUCCAGCUGCCCUUUAAUGUGUGUGAAAGUACCCAAAACUUAAGUUUAAAGGGACAUAAUCUCACCAUUUUAACGGAGAGAUCUUUUUCAGCCAACAGGACGGAUAUGGACUUGCGCGCGCUCUCCUUGCAGCACAACAACAUACAAGUGAUCAAAAGUUGCGCUUUUUGUGGGCUCCCGCGACUUCGUACCUUAGACCUGAGUAACAACUAUUUAAUAAUCGUGUCUUCCGAUGCUUUUUACAACUUGGGAGAGUUGCGUAAUCUUUACCUGAACAGUACGCUGAAUGUUUCGGGUGCCGAACAACUACCCAGCGCGCUUUCGACGGACAGUUUGCGUAAUCUGGAGAGACUGGACCUGGCGGGAAACCAUCUCAAGACCAUCCCACUUUUUGGAUUUGGCAACCUUAAUUUAAGCACAUUGGUGCUGACGAAUAAUUCCUUCGAGACGCUGGAUAACACCAAUAUAACAAACUUGAACAAUCAUAAGGAAAUACGCGUUUACUUGUCGACGAAUCCAUUCGAGUGCGACUGCAUUCUGCAGACGUUUUACGAUUGGUUGAAGAACGACAUCCAGUGCGCAGACGCGAGCGGCGUGCUCUGCGCGCAACCAGACAAUUUGAAGGGAAAGAUCGUGGGGAAACUUGGAAAGGAGCAGCUGGUGUGCGCGAACAAAGAUCUGGCGGCUGUUUCCUACGUGUUUCUCGGUAUUGUGUUGGCCCUCAUUGGAGUUGUGUUCCUCAUGGUGUUGUACCUGAACAGAAGAGGCAUCAAGAGGUGGCUCAAUAACAUCAGAGAGGCGUGCCGGGAUCAGAUGGAGGUCUAUCAUUACAGAUAUGAACAGGACUCCGAUCCCAGGCUCGCAAACGUAGCCGUUUAAGUGCAACUUGAUGACUUCGUCUCCUUGAACUGUUUAGGAGUUUGGAUUUCAAUACAUUGCCAGUUAUAGCAAACGCCGGCUCUUUUUUCAAGGUGUCAUCAAAUAACAAUGAACUCUAGUCUAUCUCAUUGUAAAUAUGUGAAUAAGUCUACAAAUCUAACUUAAGGAAUAAAUAACUAAUAUACCCAUUUAUAGGAACAAACAUGAUGUGUGCACUUAAAAUGCUGGAUUGUUUUAAUCCAUGGUGUGGUUAUACAUAAACAAACACAAACAUUGAAAUAGGUCCAUAUUUGAAACAACCCAGCACAUGUUUAUUAAACCCAAUGGUGAGAAUUGUCCAUAUUUUACACAUACAUGGGUUAAAACAGCCAUGCAUUUUUUUAAGUGUAUAUUGUAAAAAAAGUAUUAAGUUGAUCAGAAAGAUCAGUGGGCAGUGAAAUACAGGUUGAUGUUCAGCUAUAGUGAAUGUUUAAGUGCAUAUAGCGUGGAUGAAUACACAUAUAUGCAUUGAUUGAAUAUAAAUGUUUAUGCCCAUAUUGUAUACAGUGCCAAGUUCAAACAAUCUAAAUAGAUUUACAAUAAGACAAAAUGAGAUUCAACGUUUUUGGCAAUGUUGAAAUCUAUACUGUUAGAAAAAGGUACAAAAGCUGUCACUGGUAUGGUAACCUUUAAAACAGUACUAAUAUUUACCAUUUAGAUGUCUUUAAAGUACCACUGUCUACCUCUGAGGUACCUUUGAGGUAUUAAUAUGCACAUUUUUGAUACAAAGAUGUCCUUUUUUGAAAAGGUACCACCAAGCGACAGCUUUUGUAUCCUUUUGCUGAGUGAUUCUGACAUACAUAAAUUCUUUGCAUAUAAACAUCUAUAGUGAU